AUGGAAGCCCUUAAGUGCCUGGUUGACGGGAAGGCAGUGCUAAUAACAGGCUGUGACAAAGGGUUUGGACAUGCCUUGGCAAAGCAGCUGCAUGCACAGGGAUUCACUGUCUUUGCUGGCUGUUUGCUGACGGGUGAGAAUGGAGAUGGUGCCAAGGAGCUGGAAAGCAUUAAAUCGGAUCGCAUGAAAGUGCUGCAGCUAAAUGUGUGCAGUGACCAGGAAGUGGCUCAGGCUGUGGAGUUGGUGAAGAACAAUCUGAAGGAGCCGGAGAAAGGGCUCUGGGGCUUGGUGAAUAACGCUGGAGUAUCAGCCUUCGGAGAGGUGGAAUUCACAAGCAUAGACAAGUACAAGGAGGUGGCAGAUGUCAACUUGUGGGGAACUGUCAGAGUGACCAAGGCUUUCCUGCCCCUUGUUCGCAGAGCUAAAGGUCGUGUGGUGAACAUCACCAGCAUGUUAGGGCGGAUGGCCAGCCCUUCCCGCUCCUCCUAUUGCGUUUCCAAGUUUGGCGUGGCAGCCUUCUCCGACUGCCUCCGGCAGGAAAUGUACCGCUGGGGAGUCCGCGUUAUCCUCAUUGAGCCCAGCAACUUUGUAGCUGCUACUGGCAUUCUGACGCCUGAGAGCAUCGAAGCCCAAGCAGAGGAGCUGUGGAGAAGAGCCAACAAAACUGUCCAGGAAGACUAUGGGAAACCCUAUUUCACGCGCCAGAUAACCCUGAUGAAGUCCUUCAUUGACAGCAGCCUGAAGGACAUGUCCCUCGUCCUGAACGACAUCACGGAUGCGCUCACUUCCAAGUACCCUUACACCCGGUACAAUCCCAUGGAGGCCCACUGGCGGGUGAGGCUGCAUGUCGUCACUCACCUGCCCACUGCAGUUGCGGACUGGCUGUAUAUUUACUGA